UGGCUGCUGCUGGCUGCUGCUGGGGAACUUUAGGAAUGGUGGAAGGCAUGCAACUCCAUCCUGGGAAAAUACGGAUGCAAACAACAUCCUCACAUGCUCGCUUUCAUUACUAAAUGCGCAUUUCUCUUCGGUCAUCGGUAUGGUGGCGCAUUUCUCGAAAGGCAUAACGAUAGCAUGAUUUCUGAGCUUAUUCAACAACUCGUCGCCAAUUUUGUUUUGCCGCUAACCUGCUCGCCUCUCCAUCUUUUUUUUUCCCAAAAUUAGGUAAUGUCAUCUUUGAUGCUGUGAAGUUGGAUGCAGAAGAUCAGUUUGGCUGGAGAUAAACACCUGUUGCUGCUGGUGGGUUUGUUUAAGGACACAUCUGGAAUAAUCAUCCACUUUUUGGAUUAAAAAUGAAAGUGACAGUGACUUUUGGAAGGACUGGUGUAGUUGUCCCAUGUAAGGAAGGAUGGACGGUCCGGGAUCUCAUCCAGCAAGCUACCCAGAGAUACAGAAAACUACUGGAGCAGGAGGGAGAUUUCCUGGUACGAACGCACCAUGUUGAGUACUGUGAUGGGGGAAUUCUGGACCCUGAUGAUGUGCUAACAGACCUCGUGGAAGACAAGGACAAGCUGAUCGCUGUGUACGAGGAAAAGGAGGCCCAGCAGAGGGGUGCCAUGAGUCCUGGGAAUGGAACAGGGACAGGGAGCAGCAUAACAGGACAGUCCAGCCCUGAACCCUAUGACUCUGAACUCACCUGUUUCCAGCCAAUCAAAGGAGGAGAAAUCGAAGUCAACUCCUCUGCCCUCAAAUCUAGUACUCCUCUGUUGGUACGGAGUAGUAGUGAUUCAGCCCUUGCAUCCCCUCAGACUGAUGAUCUGAAUGGCAGACACAUGGGAAUACAUGUGCAGACUGACAUGGACUUUUCAGUCGAGGUGACUGGCAGCAACAAAUCUGGCCAUUUCAGUGUCAACAGCCUCACAAAGACAGUGGAGAUUUCUGGAGAACAAGGGCCUCUAGGAAUACACGUGGUGGCAUACUGCUCCUCUCUCAGUGGAAGGGCUCUUGGCCUGCACAUUAGAGGCGUGGAGGAGAAUAGUCGCUCCAAGAGGGAAGACAUCUUUCAGGACGAUGAGUGUAUCGUUAAAAUCAAUGACACUGAAUUAAUGGACAAAUCCUUUUCACAAGCACAGGAAAUAUUCCGGCAAGCCAUGCAUUCACCCACCGUUCGUUUAGAAGUCGUUCCAGUUGUUAAUAAAGAUCGCUAUGAGAAGAGUGUGAUCGGUCACCUCUUUAACUCAGAAAACCCUGACACAUCUACACAGACCAAAGACCCUUCUCCACUGAAGGUGAAGCCCAUUAUGCUGCCUUUGGAGUCCUCGGGAGGGCAAGCCGAGCUUCAGGAGUCUAGCAGCAAUCUUGAGAGUCACUCUCUGGGCUCUCCAUUCACCCACAGCCUCUCCCCCACCCCCAGGGGCAAGAGCAGUGAUAGCCCCCUCCUGAAAAUGAGCAUGGGACAAUCACCUGUGCAAAAUCAGCACAAAAAGGGUGGGAAGAGACUUAGAAUUGACCUCAAGAAAGGUCCUGAAGGUCUGGGCUUCACGGUUGUGACCAGAGAUUCUUCAGUGCAUGGACCUGGCCCCAUCCUCAUCAAAAACAUCCUGCCCAGAGGAGCUGCUGUCAGAGAUGGCCGUGUGCAGUCAGGUGACAGGAUCCUGGAAGUGAACGGUGUGGACAUCACAGGUUUUACUCAGGAGGAACUGGUGGCCAUGUUACGUAGUACUAAGCAGGGGGACAGUGUGUGUCUGGUUGUGGCCAGACAGGAAGACAUGUUCCUACCACGUGAGCUGAAAGAGGAGCAGGCCCGGUUGCUGUUGUCUGAGGAGGGUAAGGAGCAACUGAUGUUCGAGGUUCCUCUCAAUGACUCAGGCUCAGCUGGGUUAGGGAUCAGCUUGAAGGGGAAUAAGUCCCGAGAGACCGGCGAGGACCUGGGGAUCUUCAUCAAGUCCAUCAUCCAUGGAGGAGCAGCUUUUAAGGAUGGGCAUUUACGCAUCAAUGACCAGCUUAUUGCCGUCAAUGGUGAGUCACUGUUGGGGAAGUCCAACCAUGAGGCCAUGGAGACCCUGCGGAGAUCCAUGUCCAUGGAAGGAAACCUGAGAGGAAUGAUCCAACUUGUGGUACUCCGUGCCCUACCAUCUAACCAGGAGUUCAAGGAAAUGCGACAAAUUCUCAAUCGAUCCUUUGAUAGCUGUAUGGGGCUGGCAGGGCACCUCAGCCAAUCAGACGCCAGCGUUCAGCCACCCAUUGUGAUGAACAGCAUCUAUGAGCGAUGUACAGUUUCAAAUGGUGGAUACAGUCACAUGGAAGAGGGGGAUAAUGAAGGGUCUUCCACUAAUCCACACAGACAGGACAGCCUGAUGCUUCAGCAGAGUGUGAAUUCAGGUCUUCAUUCAGCGGACACUUCUGUGAUUGAUGGAGGCCAGCAGGGUCCUGCAGAGCGGAAUCAUGUCAAGUCCUCCAAGAGCAUGGAUCUGGGGAGUGGUGUGGUGGAGUUGGGACCUACGUUAGGCCUGAAGAAGUCCAGCUCUCUUGAGAGUCUGCAGACUGCCAUGACGGAGGCUAAGAAAAAUGAUCUGCUGCACUUCCAUAGGCCCCGCCCACACAUGGUUAGGGGGCGUGGUUGCAACGAGAGCUUCCGCGCAGCCAUUGACAAAUCGUAUGAUGGGCCACCAGAGGAUGAUGACGAUGACGGGUCGGACCAGAGCUCUGGACGAGACACUCCGGCCAGCGGCUCCUCCAGACAGGGUACAGGAGACAAUGAGGAGAACAAGAAAGAUAAAAAGAAGAAGGCCAAAGGAAAGAAGAAAGACAAGUUGAAAAGCAAAGGAAAGGAGAAAGAGAAGAAGAAAGCCGAGGAGGCCAGUGAUGAGCUGGAUAAGAAGACCAAGAAGAAAGGAUUCGGGUUACUGAGAUUUGGGAAGAAAAAAGAAGAGAAGAGCAAGACGGAGACAAAAGUUAAUGCACAGAAGCAGAUGUCAGAAAUUCUAAGUGAGGAAGAGUUGGAGAGGAUGAAGGAAGAGAGAGAAAGAAUUGAGGCCAAGCACCAGGAGCUGCGGGACCGGCAGGUUCAAGAUUGUUUUGCCCCACCUGACGUAGAGGAUGAUGAUCUGGACCCGAACUACGCCCGUAUCAACAACUUCAGGCAGCGUGGGUCACCUUCCCAUCCCGCAUAUGGGAACUGCUGCCCUUACUCACAAAGACCCCCACCCCCAGUGUCACACAGCAGAGAGCUAUCCACAGAGGACCCUCUGGACGGCCUGUACGCUAAAGUCAACAAACAACGAAGCCCUCCACCAUCUGCAGCGGACAGUGGUAUGGACCGUAUUCAGCAACUAAGGAGAGAGUAUCUUCAGGCUCGUAGGGAGGGAGCAGCUCCAUCCUACGAGGAGCUAGAGGCCCGACGGAGAGGACCAGAGUAUGACCCACACAAAAUGCCAGUGAGAAACCCUGACCCCAGACUGACACCCCGCUACGAGGAUGUGGAGCGACACUACGCCUCCCUGCCCAGAAGACCACCAGUGGAAAAUGUGUAUCCAUUGCAGUCGUGGGCAGGACACAGGGACCCUGUGCACUACCCAAACCCACACUCAGGCUACCACCCCAGCUACCCUCCCAGGGAAAACUACCCUCGCCCAGUGGACCCUCAGCAGAGUGACUCAGGGUUCUAUCACCCUCCUCCGCAACAGAGAGGCCCACUGCGGCAGGACGUGCCCCCUUCUCCCACCAUACCUCUCCGAGGCCCACGCUAUGACACCAUAAAUCGCGGAGGCUACCGCAACUUCAGCCCAGAGCGCUACGCAUAUGGAGAUCAGCGACACUCUGACCCGAGACAGAAGAGUGCAAUGACGGCAGCUGUUUAAACCCACCAUUUAUUUUUUGCCCUGUGUACGUUGUUUAUAGAAUAAGCACCAGAUUGAGCAUCAUGUGUUUAUCGACAGGUGUUUACAUGUUUUUUACUAACAAUUUUGCUAGCCAAAGCAACAUCUUGGAGUUGUGAUGGGAAAAUUAUUACCCAAUAUGUAACCCAGUUCCACUCAGUAUAAGGCCUCAGACUGUCCCUUUCCCUGUGUGUGUGUGACUGUGCUUAAAGGGAUAGUUCACCCAAAAAUGAAAAUUCUCUCAUCAUUUACUCACUUUCAUGCCAUCUGGACCUACAAAGCUCAGAUAUUCUUGUAAAAAUCUUUGUUUGUGUUCUGCAGAAGAAAGAAAGUCAUGCACAAUGAUGAUGAGAAUUUUCAUUAUUGGGUGAACUAUCCCUUUAAAGUCUAUGUUUGUGUCAGUUAGAAUUAUUUAGGAUGAAUGCUGUCCCACAAUGCUCUGUGGUUACGGGCCACCUCAGCUUGAUAGGAUAGUUCACCCAAAAAUGAAAGUUGUCAUCUAAUUUCGUUUUAAACCCAUAUUACUUUCUUUCUUCUUUGGAACAAGAGAGAAGAAAUGUUGCAAAAUGUUUACACUGCUUUUGUUUUUUUUUUUUUUUUUUUUUUUGUUUUUUUGUUUUUUUUACAUCCAGUGAAAGUUUUGACAUGCUCCAAUGUACAAUAUAUUCCACAGAAAGUCACACAGGUUCAGAACAACAUGAGGGUGAGUAAAUUAUAACAGAAUUUUCAUAUUUGGGUGAUCUAUCCCUGGUCUGUUUUGAUGGUUUUAGAGCUGGUUUUUUGAAUAAAUGUUGGCCUGCAAUGCCCAAAGAUAAUGUGCCAUCUCAGUAGACUGAGGUUUGGACAAUUUAAGUAUGAGGGAGCAUUUGCGCCCUGUAUUAAACUCUACAAUAGUAGUACUGUACAAUCUUUACAGUGGCCAUGUGAAACUGUGGAAUUUAUAUACUAAUGUGUGUGUGGUUAUACUUGCAUGUUUAAAGAUGAAAGGGUGUUAUUUUAUGUAUGUUAGAGCACUCCAUACUCUUCUUGAGUGUAGCCAUUCUGUUCUUAUUGUGGAAGCCACUAUAUGACUGCAAAUCACCACCAAUCACUUUGUCACUCUGCAAAAAGUAGCUAUAAAUAUUUCCUUUUUACUCAAAGAUUUGGUCACGUGUAUUGGAAAGAAAAAGUAGCUCAAAUUACAUACAGUAAAUCUAAGUAGGUCUCAGAUAUUUUGUUAAAGGCAUCAUUUUAAUUUUCAAAAAUAAAAAUUAUUUCAUUAUUUCUGCCCUCAUGUUAUUCCAAACCCAUAUGGCUGCUAGCAUUCAGUGAAACACAAAAGAAAAUAUUAGGCAGAAUGUUAGCCUCAGUCAACAUUCACUUUCAUUGCAUCUUUUUUUCUAUACAGUGAAAGUGAGUGGUGACUGAGACUGUCAUUCUGCUUAAAAUCUACUUUUUAUGUUCCACAGAAGAAAGUCAUACAGGUUUUGAAUGACAUGAGGGUGAGUAAAUGAUGACAAAAUGAGUUUUGGGUGAACUAUCCCUUUAAAACAGCACAAUACAACUUAACAUAGCACUCAUGAAAUCUGUCCUGUAUCUGAAGUUAUAUAAACAGAGCAAGAUAAAGAAAAAGAGUGUUUGUCAGGAAGAGGAAAGGAGGGUCCAUAAAACCUCUGACAGAGGAAGGAUGAGAGAGGGUCAGAUCUGUACCCCCAGGAACCGAGCGCCGUCCCGAGCUUACAGAGUUGCCACCUGAAUCCAAACCCUUUUAAAUAGGUUGAUCCCUGGCCUGACAUGUUUGGAGAAAGGGGUUGGGCCAUCAAUUAUUUUGGAUCUGAAUGUUUGUUUACUAUUUUGUAUUUUAUUCCUGAUUAUUGAUUUCACCUGUUUUGGUACGAAAGACUCUCUCUGCAUUCAGAGUUCAGGUAACAGUAUAAAUACAAGUGUUAUUUACUGUAGUAUGCAAUAAUCAUGUCAAACACAUAUGUAACUUUUAUAAAACAAAAAUUAAAAGAUCUGUGCACCCAGUAUCACUGCAUACAUUAAUAGCCUACUAUGUAAAAAAAAAAAUGUCUUUUAUAUAACACAUUUUCA